AUGGCAAUAAUUGGAGUAGAGGCUGUUAUGCUGGUAGAGGAAUCGCAGCUGACGGCAGCGGAACGGGCCACACCGGAUACAAUUUUGACACGGAUGGAGCAGCACUUGGUUCCACAGAGGGACAAGCGUAUGGAGAGAGCAGGAUUCAACACUAUGUGUCAGAAUGAACAAGAAACAGUGGAAGAGUUCGUGAAACGGUUGAAAAAGAAAGCGUUGGCCUGUGGAUACGCAGCAGAUCAGCAGGGGGAAUUGCUAAAAGAUCGCCUGGUUGCGGGAGUUCGAGACCACCAGGUUAGAAAGGAGUUACUUGAAGCCGGUGAUAUUUCGGUAGAUGAUAUGGUGAAGAAAAUCAAAGAGCAUCAGCAAAUUGAAGAGUUGGCCAAGAAAUAUGAACGUAUGACAACAGCGAGUGAACAUCCGGGGGAUACUUUUAAGUUGACAACUACCAAGAGAAUGAUGAACAACUGUAAAUAUUGUGGAACAAAGCACCAGAAAGACAAAAACAAGUGUCCAGCAUUUGGCAAGAAGUGUCAUGAAUGUGGGAAGUUUAAUCACUUCAAACGAGUUUGUCGAGGGAAGACUGCGAAGAUGAAAUCCAGAACAAGGAAUGUCAGGCAAAUAGCAGAUAAUACUGAAAAUACGGAAAGCUCGGAUGACGAGGAGGAAUGCGAGUUUGUCGACAUUGCGAAGAUUGACGGCGACAACAUGAUGGAUGCAGGCAAGAUUAUGGUACAACUGAAAAUAGUGGAUAGUACUGGAGCGACAAAACCAUUGAAUAUACAGGUGGAUACUGGUGCUAGAGUCAAUGUACUUUCUUACCGAGAUUUAAAGUGUGUUGCGGUGAAUGUAAACGUCUGCAGCACGAAGAUUAAACUGCGAUGUUACUCUGGAAAAAUCAUAACACCGAAGGGCAAAGCAGAGCUGGAAAUCCGACUGAAGAAAGGAACUAAAACACUGCCAUUUGUGAUUGUCAAAAACAAUAGGCCACUGUUACUGUCAUCGCAAUCAGCAAUAGACCUUGGGAUUAUCAAGAUACACGAUAUAUACAACGUGGAUUCGUUGCAACAGAAUUGUGAUCAAAUACUCCGUAAGUACCACGACGUUUUCGAAGGUGACGGUCUGUUCCAGAGUAAAUUCAAAAUUGAAAUUGAUUAUUCCGUUACAGCUGUGCAACAAAAAGCACGACGUAUUCCCCUCGCAUAUCUGUCGGAGCUUAAAACCAAGAUUGACGAUUUGGAAAGAAGAGGAAUAGUCGAACCAGUAAACAGGCACAUGGAGUGGCUGAGCAAUCUAGUGUUGGUGAAGAGAGGUGACAAGCUGAGAUUGUGUUUGGAUCCGGCAGAGCUAAACCGAGCAGUGAAACGUGUUAACCAUCAAAUCCCUACCAUAGAAGAACUCCUUCCGGAAUUCGCUAAAGCGAAGAUUUUCACCGUACUCGACGCCGGUCUUCGAGGAGUACGCUGCUUAGCUGAUGAUGUGGUAUUCGGAUGA